AGAUGGAAGUGCUGAAGGCAAUUAAAGAGAUUACUGAUAACCUCAAUGGCAAAAUCGACGAUCUACCCGAGUAUUUCAACAAGCGAGUUGGGGUGUGGGAAAAGGUGACCCCCAAAACAGACCGCACCAUCAAAGAGUCUAAAACCACCACCGACGAAGAUAAAGACGGGACCAAGGAGCACAAGAAUGUGAGCACUAAACUGGAGGAGUCUACCAGCAGCACCCCCUUUAUCAACCCAGAUUGCUAUCAGGCGCUGUUGGCGAUUGAUGUAAAGUUCUACGUACAACUGCACAGGCUGCUACAGCAGGCGUAUGACGCGGCGAUCAUCUCAGCCAACACUAUCGCGCGGAACCAUGAUAAGCUCACCAAUCCCAAGGGCUCGGGUGGUGGCGCACACCAUAUGUUCUGAGCGUAUGACCUCGCCUGAAGUCAAUCCGGUGCAAGGUUUCAUGGGCAUAUGUCCGUGGCACAUAGGAGGUACAAUUAAGACUAGCCAGCGCCACCUGGCAAAGACGCACAAGUGGUAGAAACGAAUUAUAUAAACGAGACCAGGCGAAUUAUCUUCCGUCGCUAUGUGUAAUGACUGGCAUGGGGGUUAAAAAAUAAAUCUGCUUUCACCCUUUCCA